CGUAGAUGGUGUCAAGAUUGUGCUGAGAAUGCUUGCAGAGGCCUGCUCUGUAGAGUAGCUCAUCCUUCCAAGUUUCAAUGCAGCCUUCUGACAUUUCCACAGGGUUGGAAAGCGACUGCCCCAUGGUCCGCCCCUUUGCACGGGUCGAUCAAUGACAGUUGGUCUUCUGGGCACCUAGUGCACUUCCCCCUGCCAGCUCUCCAGCAGCAAUGAGAAAACUGGGAACAUGCCGGGCAGCUGAAAAACCAGGUGACGCGCAGCUGACAACACGCAAUCGCUGACUUCACAGAAGCCGAAGACAGCGUCACCAAGAAGGGGUUUGCCAAUGAGCUCUUUCGAUUCCUUGCAGAGUGUGGAACAGCGAGUCAUCCGUGUGGUCAACAUUGCCGCCACUGUCAUGGAGGAGAUGAGCAGCACCAGCGGGCCUCGGCAGGAUAGAGUGACAUCGUUGUGCUCAGAGUUCAUGUCAGAGAUCAAGGAGAUACAAUCUCGAUUGAGGGAGGAGAUCAAGAACAUGACGGAGUAUAAGCCCUUUGAAAACUGUGACUAUGUAAGUCAAGCAAAGUCGACAAUAAGUGCAGAAAAAGUUUCGAACUUGCAAAGGCAACUCGAAGAGCUACAAAAAGAUGUGGGAAGGCGAGAACCUGAUGCAAAUCUACCGUUAGAGGUGGUGCCAUUAAGAACCGAGAUAUCCAAUGGUAACCACAGCCUUCCAAUGGAGCCUGGGGGACGCGAAAGCAGAUAGUUCUGGAGCUAUGUACCGGUGCGCUGCACCUGAAUUUGAAUGCACCCUGGUUGGUUGACAAUGUCUUGCAUCAACACAGCUAGACAUGAACAUAGGAGGGAGUCGGCAACAAGCAUGGAAAAGUCCGGCAUGUUGAACUAAAGCAGACCACGUAUUGCGGUGUACCGUCCCAUGCC